AUGGAGGGCAUGUUCGAAUGCUGCACUCGAUUCAAUCAGAAUAUCGGUGCCUGGGACGUCUCAUCGGUUACGAAUAUGAGAUCGAUGUUUUGGGAUGCUGAGCGCUAUACAGGUGCAGGUAUUGGCGCGUGGGACGUUUCUUCGGUGACAGAUACGUGGGGAAUGUUCAAUGGUGCUGUUGUCUUCAAUGGUGACAUCGGCGCCUGGGAUCUGUCGUCGGCCGAGAUUACGUCUGCCAUGUUCUCAGGCGCGAGUUCUUUCUCUCGAGACCUCCGCGGCUGGAACGUCGCGCCAGCGCAGGCGUAUGAAAUGUUCGAGGACUGUGGUUCCUUCGAUUUGAGGAACCUGCCUCCGGCUCUCGUCGGACGGCAGCACGAGAUCUUGGAGGAGGAGUUCAACGGCCGAGAGUCGGACACCGAGCCGGAGUCGGAGGACGAGUGGGACUCGGACUCUGACGCGUAA